GAGCUCUUGCCGUUUCUUAACCUAGUUGAAUAUGUGUUUGUAACGUAUAGUGUAUCUCCAUAAUUACUCAGUCAGUGACUUUUGGGAAAGUGUUCCAUAACAGAAGAUUGUCUGCUGUCACUCAAUCCUUGGAUGAGUCUCAAAUGAGGUUAGGAGCAAGAACUAUGAUGAAGAUAUAUGAAUUUUCGCAAAAGAGACUAAGAAAAUGAGUUCGAUAUUCAAGGUUUCUCCGCCUCAAGAGGGCAUCAAGAGAAGGCUUCUUCUCGCACUCUCUUUAGGAGCAUUCCUUUUAAUUUCAUCCAUUGCGCUGAUCCUCACAGAUCCCAUGUGGGCCAUCGCCAAAUACAAAUUUCGUCUUGCCAAUGGAAGUAUACUCCAUGAGCUCUUGUCAUCGGAGAUGGAAGGUGGAAGGUUCGCGGUGUACCUGUUCAACAUAACUAACCCUGACCGGUUCCUAUCGGGCGAAGACCCAUACCUUAAACUUGACGAAGUGGGUCCGUUUACUUAUUUAGAAUACCGAACUCACUCUGAGCUGCAGUUCGAUAGGGAAGCCGGAGUAAUGAGGUACACUCCGCGGAUGCGAUCUGUGUUUGUUCCUGAAGAAUCUAUCGGGAACCCUGAAGACAUUUUCCUCACCAUGCCCAAUAUACCAAUGCUAAGCGCAACAACAAUGAUCCGAUCAUCGCCCGUCUUCAUUCGUAAUAUCUACAACAUAGUCGCCCGCCAAUACGGAUCCCAGCCCAUCGUGAAAUUGGCCGCCAGUAAAUACUUGUGGGGCUACAAGGAUCCUGUCCUGACCUUCGCUAACAGCUUGGUGCCUGGUCUCAUAUAUUUUAACACUACUGGAAUUAUGGAUAGAUUGUAUGAUAAGAACGUACACUAUCGCAUGGAAUUGGGAACUAAUGAUGAUGAUAAAUUCAAGAUUAAGAGAAUACAUAAAUAUACUCGACUCCACCCUGAGUCUGAAGUUUUUGAUGAAAGUAUACUAACUUUCAACGACACCUAUGAAGGCAUGGCAUACCCACCGAUGAUUGGCAAGAACACACCAAUCAACAUCUUUAGAUUAGGCAUCUGCAAGUCCUUCGAGAUGGAAUACCACGGCAAUAAGACGUCGGAAUACGGCCCGAAUGCUUUCGUGUACAAAUUUAAUGAGAAGAUGUUCGAGAACAAUCUUUGCGAUGUUAAGGGGGCUUGCCCUAAAGGCGUCAUGGAUUUGUCAGCUUGCUUUUAUGGUUUGCCCAUGGGAUUAUCAAAGGGGCAUUUAUUGGAUGCUGAUCCAAAACUGUUCGAUCGCAUCAAGGGCUUGAAGCCAGAUCCCGAAAAACAUUCUAGUCACUUAGUCAUAGAACCGAAAAUUGGAUUGACUCUAGAAACGUCAUGGUCACUACAAGCAAACAUCUUUGUUGGAGAUAUCACAUACAACGCUGAAGCUAAGAUGUUUUCCAAUAUGAUCCUUCCUAUAGCACAUUUCAAGAUUAAACAACCUCACCUGCCGUCAAUAGCUAUCACAGCGCUGCGUAUGAUGUAUAUAACGGUUCCAAAAGCGCUCUUCAUUACCGAAAUACUUCUGAUGCUCUCUUGUUUGCUGCUCUUAGUCUACUCAGCGUGGUUGCUGCACUGGAAACGAGUUCACAAAAAACAGCCACUGUCAGAGAAAGAACUGCAGAUAUCCAGCCGAAUGGCCAAUGAGCCUUUGAUGAGUUAUUUGACGAUAAAUUAAUGUAAGGAUUGACUGCAUUGAUAAAAUUAUUAUAAAUAUUAUUAUUAUUAUAUCUAUCUCUAUACAUAAAAAUGAAUUGAUGUUCGUUAGUCUCGCUAAAACUCGAGAACGGCUGAACCGAUUGGGCUAAUUUUGGUCUUGAAUUAUUUGUGGAAGUCCAGAAAAGGUUUAAAAGGAAGUAGAUAAAUAUGAAAAUGCUCGGAAU